UUCCGAGUGGAGUCUUUGCUGCUUUCUGCAUCGGUGAGCACCAGAGAGAACUCCGCGCAGGUUUGUGCGUGUAUGUGUGUGUGUGUGAAUGAGAGAAAAAGCAAUAGAGAGAGAGAGAGCUGUAUGAGAGUGCUGGCGGAUGGAGAGGAAGAUCAGGAUGGUGUGCUCGAGAUGCACCCCGCUCCUCUGGAUCUUCAGCAUCAGCAUCAGCACCAGCGCUGCUCCUCCAUCCUCCCCGAAAUGUGAUGAAGCCCUAGCCACGACCCUUACCCAUAGUGCCUUCAGCAGCUCAUCUGGCUAUGCUCCUGAGUACGCCAAACUGCACAGGAGGGGAGGUGCUGGAGGCUGGUCUCCUCUCGACACCGAUCAUUACCCGUGGCUGCAGGUGGAUCUGGGCAGCAGGAAGCAGGUGACUGCUGUUGCCACUCAGGGUCGAUACAGCAGCUCAGACUGGACCACACGCUACAGACUGCUCUACAGUGACACGGGCAGGAACUGGAAACCCUACCAUCAGGAUGGAAACAUCUGGACAUUUACAGGAAACUCAAACACAGAGAGUGUGGUGCGCCACAAUCUUCAGUACACCGUCGUGGCCCGGUUUCUGUGCUUUGUCCCUCUCGGCUGGAGUGAAGAGGGUCAAAUAGGCUUGAGGAUAGAAAUCUAUGGAUGUCCAUACUGGGCCGAUGUAAUUAACUUUGACGGCCAGGGCGUGAUCUCGUACCGUUUUAAGAUGAAAAAGAUGAAGAUCCUGAAGGACGUAAUAGCUCUGAAGUUCAAAACGGGAGAGAGCGAUGGGGUGAUCCUGCAUGGUGAGGGUCAGCAGGGUGAUUACAUCACGCUGGAGCUAAGACAAGGCAGACUGCUGCUCCAGAUAAACCUGGGCAGUAACCAGUACGGCUCCAUCCUGGGCCACACGUUGGCUAGCAGUGGAAGCUUGCUGGACGAUUAUCACUGGCAUUCGGUUGUGAUUGAACGCUACAGGAGAAACAUCAACUUCACCCUGGAUCAGCACACGCAGCAUUUUCGCACCAAUGGAGAGUUUGACCACCUCGAUCUCGACUAUGAGUUAAGUUUUGGAGGGAUGCCGUACUCGGGCAAACUCAUCUCAGGAGGCUGGAGGAAUUUUAAAGGCUGCAUGGAGAGCAUCAACUAUAACGGUGAAAACAUCACAGACCUGGCCAGAAGAAAGAAAGUUGACACGUCCAGUUUUCGUAAUUUGACAUUCUCCUGUGUGGCAUCUCACACCUUCCCGGUUUCCUUCAACGGCACAAGUUUCCUGCAGCUGCCUGGGAGAAGGGAGCACAACAUGGUGUCUGUGAGUUUUCAGUUUCGCACAUGGAACGCGAACGGCCUCCUCCUGUUCAGCGCGCUGGCUGGCGGCAUGCUCGAGCUCACGCUGAGAGAUGGCAAAGUGGUGGCGCACAUCAGCAUCAUGCAGCAGAAGAACUCACAUGUGGACAUGAUGUCAGGUUCAGAGCUGAAUGAUGGACAAUGGCACGAUGUUCGUUUCAUGGCUAAGGAAAACUUCGCCAUGCUGACCAUCGAUGGAGACGAGGCUUCGGCAGUAAAAACAAAUACACCCUUUGAGUUCACAACUGAAGGAACAUAUUACUUCGGUGGUGAGUACAACUACACUUCCAAACCAAUAACAUCUCCAUCACAGCGCUCAUUUCAGGGGUGUCUGCAGCUCAUCCAGCUGGAUGAUCAGGUGGCCAACCUGGUAGCAGUGGAGCGGGGCAUGCUGGGAGCUUUUGAUAAUGUCAGUUUGGACAUGUGUACCAUCAUGGACAGGUGCCUGCCUAAUUACUGUGAGCAUGGAGGAAGGUGCACUCAGACCUGGGACAUGUUCAGCUGCUCUUGUGAUGGCACUGGGUAUACUGGAGCCACCUGUCACAUGCCUCUGUAUGAACAGUCAUGUGAAGCUUAUAAGCACCUGGGAAAAUAUUCCGAUGUCUACUGGAUCGAUCCUGAUGGCAGCGGACCUCUAGGACCCUUCAAAGUCUUUUGCAAUAUGACAGAGGACAAGGUUUGGACGAUGGUGACGAACAACCUGCCGACUCAGACAUCCGUAUUGGGUUCGAGCAGGGAGAGACGCACGGUGCUACAGCUGAACUACAGCGCCACCAUGGAGCAGAUCAGCGCCGUUACUGAUGCUGCAGAUCACUGCGAGCAGCACAUCACCUACACCUGCCGUUUAUCACGUCUACUCAACACUCCAGAUGGGACUCCAUACACAUGGUGGGUUGGCAAAGGGAAUGAGAAACACUUUUAUUGGGGCGGCUCUGGGCCAGGGGUCCAGAAAUGUUCCUGUGGCAUUGAGCGCAACUGCAUCAACCCCAAACACCAGUGCAACUGCGAUGCGGAUCAGAAACAGUGGAGAGAGGAUUCAGGCCUACUGGUGUAUAAAGACCACUUACCUGUAAGCAAGGUGGCUGUAGGGGAUACAAAUCGACCUGGCUCAGAAGCCAAGCUCACAGUAGGACCACUGCACUGUCAUGGAGACCGUAAUUAUUGGAAUGCAGCUUCCUUUAACACACCAACCUCCUACCUACACUUCCCCACUUUCCAUGCUGAAACGAGUGCUGACAUCUCCUUUUACUUCAAGACCUCUGCACCUCACGGGGUUUUCCUGGAGAACCUCGGCAAUACAGACUUCAUCCGGCUGGAACUGAAAUCACCCAACAUUGUUACUUUCUCCUUUGAUGUUGGCAACGGGCCGGUGGAGCUGAAUGUUCAUUCACCAGCACCACUAAAUGAUGAUCAGUGGCAUCGAGUCAGUGCCGAGAGAAUUGUCAAAGAGGCUGUGCUUCAGCUGGAUCAGCACUACAGACAGGUUCGAGCUGCACCUGCACAGGGACACACACGCCUGGAGCUCUACAGCCAGCUGUAUGUGGGUGCAGCAGGCGGACAGAGAGGUUUUCUCGGAUGCAUCCGAUCCCUAAAGAUGAACGGUGUGACCCUAGACCUUGAAGAAAGAGCAAAGGUCACUCCCGGAAUUAAACCCGGAUGUUCGGGUCACUGCACCAGUUUCGGGAUGUACUGUCGCAAUGGAGGGAAGUGUGUCGAGAAAUACAACGGCUACUCGUGCGACUGCAGCAACACGGCUUAUGACGGACCCUUCUGCACUAAAGAUAUAGGAGCUUACUUUGAGGCAGGGACGCUGGUUCGUUAUAACAUGAUGUCCUCGCUGUCCAGUGUGGGGGCAAAAGAUCUCAUCCAGUCUCCACCCACUGGCACGAACCUUACCCGAGAGGAUGCAACCUUCAGCUUCAGCACGUCCAGCACUCCCAGCAUCCUCCUGUACAUCAGCUCUAGUAGCCUUGACUACAUGGCUGUGGUGCUGCAACGCAACGGGUCUUUACAACUCCGUUAUAACCUCGGCGGUCUGCUUGAGCCCUUUACUGUUGAUCUGGAUCAGCACAAUUUGGCCAACGGACAACCACACAGCCUCAACAUCACUAGAAGAGAAAGAGAAAUCCACGUCCAACUGGACCACUACCCUUCUGUCAUCUACACUCUCCCUGAAGCCUCAGAUACUCAUUUCAACCUGGUCAAGACUCUUUUCCUAGGAAAAGUCCUGGAAACCGGUCCAAUUGACCCAGUCUUGAUAGAGAAGUAUAAUACUCCUGGUUUUGUAGGCUGCCUCUCUCGAGUACAAUUUAACAGCAUCGCUCCUUUGAAGGAGGCUCUUCGUACACAACCGUCUGCAUCCGUUUCGCAUCAGGGCAAACUGGUUGAGUCCAACUGCGGUUCGUCCCCCCUCACUGUCUCACCAAUGUCCACUAAAACUGACCCCUGGCACCUGGAUGAAAGUUCCGAUUUCCCCUUCAACGAGGAGAGAGUCAUACCUGAUGGUUUGCACAGGAAUUCGACAAUAAUCGGAGGCAUCAUUGCCGUAGUGAUCUUCACCAUUCUGUGCACUCUGGUGUUCCUGAUUCGCUACAUGUUCCGCCACAAGGGAACGUACCACACCAACGAGUCCAAAGGGGCGGAGCACUCUGAGUCGGCCAAUACAGCCAUCAUCAGCGCGGAGCCAAAUUUCACAGAAACGAUUGAUGAAAACAAGAAGGAGUGGUUCAUCUAAUAUAGAUACUGCAUACUUUCUUUCAGACUCAUUGAGGAUCAGAACAAAAUGUAACAUGCUGUACUGAUACAAGUAUAUGAUGAUGGGGUGAAGAUUUAUGUCUGUUUUUGCAAUGGCCCAGACUGUACAAAUUGUAGAUGAAUAAUAAGUGACUUAGUGGGACAGGCAGCCAUAGCAGGUCCAAGAAAGCAGGAAUUGCACCAAUGGGAACAAAUGUGUGCCUAUAAUCUCUGGUUCUUAUUCUAGACUUUUCUAAAGGCACAGCAGUGCACAACCACUUGCUGAGAGAUCACAUGACGGAUGCUCCAAGAUACUCUGUAAAUGUGGAGCAGGGGUACAAUCUGGGAGGGUUCGCUUUUUCUGCAUUUUUUUUUAUGGUGUAUUUUAUAUCAUGCACUGUUUUAAUCAGGGACAACUAAGUGGCUUUGUUAAUUUUGUUCUUAAUUUGACACAAUUGGCCACUAUCAGACCAUUCUAAAUUACUAAAACAAAAUGCUGUAGCCAUGGACAUUGAUUGCACUUCUGUGUAUAUAAUGAAUACAUAUAAUGAGCUGAAA